AUGCAGACUAGUUCUACAAACAUUUGUGAAAGGCUGUGCAGUAAGUCCAUCUGUCAAAUUUCCUUGCUGCUAAAAAUUCCACAGUCAACUGUUGGUGGCAUUAUAACAAAGUGGAAGUAACUGGGAACAACAGCAAAUCAGCCACGAAGUGGUAGGCCACAUAAAAUGACAGAGAGGAGUCAGUGCAUGCUGAAGCGCAGAGUGAUCAGAAGUCACCAACUGUCUGCAGACUCAAUAGCUAAAGACCUCCAAACUUCGUGUGGCCUUCAGAUUAGCACAACAACAAUGUGUAGAGAGUUUUAUGGAAUGGGUUUCCAUGGCCGAGCAGCUGCAUCCAAGCCUUACAUCACCAAGUGCAAUGCAAAGGGUUGGAUGUAGUGGUGUAAAGCACGCCACCACUGUACUCUAG